CCAGCGGACACCUUUGUGCUGCUGUUGAUAAAGCGAGGAUGAAAGAGAUGUGAGGCAAGGAGUGUGGUGUUGGCUGAGCUGCGAUGAGGCUGGCUGGAGGCACGGUGACUACAGCAGGGCCAUGGGGACGCUCUAUGUGACUGCAGCUCCACACAACAAGGACUGUCUGCUGGAAAGGGCGAGAGCAACUCUGACCCGUCUCUGCACCAGGGAAGCUGAUGGGGAGAAGUCUAAACCCCAACUUUAAUCAGCAGGAUAAAAGAACGACUGUUUCACAAACCAACUUUUCUGGGAAGUUCAUGCGGGGGGGGUUGAAGUCUAGUGUCAACCUGUUGUCGGAGCCUGGGUUGAGUGUAUGUGUGUUGGACUGAUCUGUCUGUGGACCACGUCCUCUGGACCCCUCGGGCCACUUCUGAAGACCAGCAACUAAGGAAGCCUUGUGGUACGAGAACUCGCAGAGAUAGAUUCCCAAUAACUUUACACCCGAGUAACUGAGAGAAUGGCAGCUCUGGAGAUAGAGACGGCCACGACAGCAAGACUCUGGCUGCUGGGACCAAUGUUUAUUGCAUUGCUGUUCAGUGUUGUACUUGGGCUCAUGACAGAGUUUCUGAAGGAUUGCUGCAAGGAAGCCUCGUCAAAAGGGAAAGGGAAAGAUGUCACCGAAGUUCCUUCCGAUCCUGCAGAUCCGUCGUCUUCAAAACUGGAAAACAACUUGGGGGCCAAGAAGAUUGGAUUUAGUGAGGAUAUUUUGCUCUCAAAGCUGCCUCCGAAUGGCAAGGAAGUCCCCUUUGUGGUUCCAAAUAUGAAAGCUACCUAUAUACAACCCAACUUCCACUGGAACUAUGAGGAAACUCUGCCAGGUCUCCCAAGGGCUCAAUAUGUUGAAAGAAAACUGGAGCUGUCCAAAGGUUUGCAACAUGUGCCAGAUAUUGAUGAUGUCUACAAUCCCAAUUAUAUGAUCACUCCCAUUGGUCUAGGAUCUGGUAGACAUGUACUACCCAAGGGGAACCCGGUCAGCCCCUAUGGAUCAGCAUGGGAAUUGAGAAGUCCACAACAGAUUAACGCACAAGGUUUAAGCAGUUCCAUGUUGGACCUAUCAUCACCCCAGCGGACACAAAGAUUCAGUUCGACAUCCAGUCUAAACAGCACUGCAUCUUCUUUGCUGGAUUCUUUAGGAAGCUCCCGCAGUCUAGAUGGACACCCUGAUGAAUUUGGAAAACUCAAUUUGAAGCUGAGUUACAGAGCAGACGUGGAACAAAUCUGGAUCACUGUGGUACAGAUUAAGGAUUUGUAUCUGCACUACAAGCCUACAGAGAAGGUUCAGGUGUAUCUUAAGGGAACGUUAACGUUACCAAAACCUGUGCAUUUCAAGUCUUCUAUGAAAGACGGUAACACAGUUUUGAUAUUCAUGGAAACCUUUGUGUUCAAUAUCAAACUGCCCAUUCUUCAAACACACGGCCUGGUGAUUAGAGUGGCCACUCAGCUGCCCCGUAAGAGGGUCAUUGGGGAAUGUGCGAUGUCGCUCAGAGAACUGAGCAAUGUGGAGUCUGACCUCUGGCUGAGUAUUAAUCCACCGUCAAAGAACCCGGUCUCCCAUGCUGUACUCCAUGUGGGAACUUGUUUCCAAGCUGUCAGCAAACGGGUCCAGCUGCAAGUACUGGAGGUGCAGAAUCUGCCAAGUUCCUCGAGUCCUUUGACACUAACAUUCUACGUGAAGAUAAUGAUGGAGUCGAGGGACGGACUGUUUGACAAAAAGAAGACACGCCCUCUGAAAUCUGUGAAUGGCCAGGUGAAGUGGGGGGAAACAUUUCUGUUCCAUGUCGUUCAAAAUGAGCUCCAUCUCCAUAGAGUCAGCUUCACCCUGAAACUCUACAGCAAGAGUUCAGUCAGAAGAAAACAACACUUGGGCCAGGUGGUGAUCGGUUGGGACAGCACGGGAGUGGCUUUGGAGCAGUGGAAAGAUACCAGCGCCAAUCCAGAGAAAGUAGUUAUGAACUGGCACAUUCUGAGCCUAACCUGACCCCACUGCACUGAGCCGAACUGUGCCUUUCCUGGGAAGACUGGAACUGAAAUAUUUAUCGUCUUUGAAUUGGGUCUUUCGUAAAAUGAUUCGCAGCAAUCAUUAGGACAAUGUUGCUUUGUUUUGUAUAACCAGGGACUUGGACAAGCAGGGAAUACAAACAAAACUUGUUGGAGCAUAUCACAGACCUGUUUGAAAUUGCCUAGGAUUUAUGAUUAUGGCUUUCCAGUAGUUUGGUUACUAUCUUAUCAGUUUGUAUUGUGCUCCACAUACU